CCGGUGGGAGAAUGCAACUGAAAGAAAUUCAACUGCGUGGUCUGGAGCGAGAUAGGCGGAGGCGGCAGUGCCUGCGUUUUUAAAGGAUUACAUUGCACAUUUUUCACCCAACCUGACAAAGAGUGACUGGAGAACAGGAAGAGAGCCUUGAUGUGGGCAGUAUGAGUAAGACGCCCCCUAACAGAAGAGGGAUAACAUUUGAGGUGGGAGCUCAGCUUGAGGCUAGAGACAGCCUCAAAAACUGGUAUGCUGCCAACAUAGAGAAGAUUGACUACGAAGAUGAAAAAGUGUUGAUCCAUUACCGGCAGUGGAGCCACCGUUACGACGAGUGGUUUGACUGGACGAGUCCGUACCUGAGACCUGUGGAGAGAGUUCAGCUGAGGAAGCAGGGCCUGCAUGACGACGCUUCUACACCUGGCUUUCAUGUGAAUGACAAGGUUCUGGCAAGCUGGUCUGACUGCCGUUUCUAUCCUGCAAAGGUUCUUUCGGUUAAUAAAGAUGCAUCCUACACCGUGAAGUUCUAUGAUGGUGUCAUCCAGACGGUCAAAGGAAUACAUGUGAAGCCUUUUAUUAAAGAGAGAGUUGGUGCUAGAGGGAAAUCCCGGUCCUCAGACAGAAACAUGGUUCGGAGGGUCCAGAGCCGCAGAGACAGAAGGCCUCAAGAGAACGGGGGUCCCAAAAACAAGCGAGCCAGACGCAGCACUUCGGACCAGGAGGAGGACAGUAACAGCGAAGACGAGGCACGAGAGGAAGGAACGGUGAACGAGAAAAACAAGAAAAUGAACGGUGAGCUAAAGGCUGCGCACGCUGUCAAACAGGAGAAGGACGUAUCUGACCAAGCAGACCAGAACAAGUCCAGGGAUGCAGAGAAAGGGACAGAACUCACAAACGGAGUGAGGUUUGAAAAAGACAUUGAGCAAAAUGAGGGAACGUGUCAUGUGAACGGAGACGUGAAGAAGGAAGUUGUAGAUGCAGAACAGUGUGGAAUAAAGCCAUACACAGAAUCGUCCAAGCCAUAUACAGAGAUGCCCAGGCAGACAUCGCAGACCGAUCAGGCAUCUGUCGCCAUGACGACCACAGAACCCAAGGGUGAUGGGGAGGAAAAAGCAAACGUCCAAUCGGAGAACGCUCAGCCUGCAGCAGAGGUACCUCCUCCCCAGCCUGUUAAACCGGUUAGGAAGCAGGGCUUCCACAACCCCAACAGAUUCAGUAGGGAACCAUUGUACCGAGUUAUCAAAAACCAACCCCCUCCAGUCCUGUCCAUCAACCUCGACCACAACCCGUUCAAGUGUAGCGCUCCAGGCUGCACAAAGUCAUUCCGGAAAGCCAAACUGCUGCAUUACCAUAUGAAAUAUUACCACGGUGAGGAACAACCUCCAGAGGGGGCACACAGCCCCACCAGGAGCGUGCAGACCAGAGCUUCUGAGAAGCAAGCUACCCCUGCUGGUUUGGAUGGCUCAAAGAGAAGACGCACCAUCUCUGCCUCUAUGCACUCUGGAGCUGCUGCAGCUUCUCGUGGUGACGUGAAGACUGCAGGCAGGCGCACAUCAGCCCCACCUGCAGUCAUCACCCAAGGCCACCAGCAGAGGGCACUUCUGAGGGAGAAGAGCAAGGAGAACCAGCUGGACAGGAAUGGAUCCCAGUUGGACAGGGACUCAGACAGAAGUGGCUUUGACUUUGGGUGUGUAAAGGACAAACUGAAAGAGAAACCUAAACAGAAGGACUUCCUUCGCAUUAAACUAAAGAAGAAGAAGAAGAAAAAGAAGGCCAAGUCUGACCACACAGGUAGUGAGGAGAAUAUUGACAUCUCAGUAUUGGGUCUUCACUCCAAAUUGAAUUUGCCACUCAAAUCCCCCCUCCCACACAAUCACAAGCCUGCGGCCUACCCCAGCAGGCCCGGAUACAGCUACUCAGAGCAGAUACUUGUGGAUGACGAGGAUAGCAUCAGUGACUGGUCCACCGACAGCUGUGGGUGGAGUGACGACGACUUUGAGAUGGAUUUGGACGUCACCACGCCCCCUCUUAGCAUCGACUCUGGUGCCGUGGACACCAGUGACCAAGAGAUAGUGAGAUGUAUCUGUGAGGUGGAAGAGGAGAACGACUUCAUGAUUCAGUGUGAGGACUGUUUGUGCUGGCAGCACGGGACGUGCAUGGGUCUGCUGGAGGACAACGUUCCCGACAGGUACACCUGCUACAUCUGCAGGGACCCACCAGGUCAGAGACAGAGUCUGCGCUAUUGGUAUGAUCGUGAGUGGUUAACCAAUGGCCACAUGUACGGCCUCUCCUUCCUGGAGGAGAACUACUCUCACCAAAACGCCAAGAAGAUCAUCACAACGCACCAGCUGCUGGGAGAUGUGCACCAUGUGGUAGAAAUCCUCAACGGCCUGCAGCUGAAGAUGAGUGUCUUACAGAGCAGCACCCACUCCGACCUGCAGCUGUGGCGGCAGCCCUGGAAACAUCUGGAAAGGUCACGGAUCGGCUCGGACUCCUGUCGAGGCAGCAACACCGUCCCUUCUCCUGUGACUCCUGAUGAGGACAUGAGCCGAGGAGAGAUUUUAAUGUCAAACGCUCUGGAGAAGCUGAGCCGAGCUGCUACAGCUGCCACAUCCUCGUCAUCCUGCUCCUCCUACUCCUUCCCGUCUUUCCAGGACUCGUAUAUUACCAGCGAACACUGCUACCAGAAACCACGGGCAUAUUACCCGGCUGUAGAGCAGCGGCUUGUGGUGGAGACUCGGCAGGGUUCAGAACUGGAGGACAGCAUGAGGAGCACAGAGGAGCAGCUGGAGCGGGAGCAGCGCUACGGGAGCCUGCUGGAGAUGGACAGACCGAAGUCCACAGGCAUCAGCAACAAGGCUUCAACUGGUGUCUCGUGGUCUCGGACUGAGAACAGGGAAGACUGUGGUAGGGACACUGGAGGGACUGGAGAUAAGAAGCAGCACCAGCAGUGGCAGAGCAACCUGCUGGACCACAUCGAUGCUGUCCAGGACGAGGUCUCGCACAGGAUGGACUUCAUUGAGAGGGAGCUGGACGUGCUGGAGAGCUGGCUUGACUACACCGGAGAGCUGGAGCCUCCUGAACCUCUGGCUCGCCUUCCUCAGCUCAAACAGCGCAUGAAGCGGCUGCUGACGCAGCUCGGCAAGGUGCAGCAGAUCGCCCUGUAUAGCUCCACGUGAGGGCGCCAGAGAUCAGCAGAUGCAGGCGAGAACAGUGCAGCAGAGGAAGCUCUCAGGUCUCUGGUGGCGAGGAUAACCACAUUAACGAAGUCCCAGAUUUACAUGGUUCCGCACAUGGCCUCUGACCUGACCUCUGCUUCAAGUCCUCCUUUUUAAAAGGUUGUGUGUGCUGGAAUCCAAUGCUGCAGCCAGCCAGUGUCAUAUGAAUACUUGUAUGAACAUGUAUGGAAAGUGAGCAUUGUGAAUCAGGAUUAAACACAAAGCGUAACCUCGUAAACGCAGGAGAAAAUCCUGAGGACCAGAUUACACUUAAUGUGACUCCCAUGCAAUUCUAAACCUUCCGAAAGCCUUUUGUCUGAGCUCCUGCUAAAGGUUGCCCUGUCUUUCUCAGUACACAGUGCUUUACAUGCAGAAGCUUUAUAUUCUGAUUGAAGCAACACUGCAAUAGUGUUUUGAACACAUUUUCAAAUGGUCUCUUUUUUUCAUUAAUUGUGGUCAAACAUCCAGUUUUCGUCAACAUCCUGCCAUAUUGUGUUAAAAGUUUAGCUGUAAAUGUAGGCGGGGAGCAACCCGAGUAUGUAACAUUGCUUUUCAUUCAGUCUCCAAUGAAUCUUUCUGACUGACUCGAGGGUUUGUUUCCAGUCACACUGUGAACUUACUUUUGUGUGGCAUCAAAGGCGGUUUCUUUUCUGUCUUAGGCCGAGAUGCUUAUUUCCACUGUUCCCCUUUUAUCAGCUUUCUGUCCCUUACUUUAACUUACCUUUGCGUUGUCGCUGUAGCAUAUUUGACUUAUGAUUCGCUGAGAACUGUAAUGUGAAUUCUUCUUAACCUAGCAUCUUGUUAGUAUGAAAUAUUUACUUAGAAAAUUUGUAAUUUUUUUCCCUUGUUUCGUCUGUCUAUUUACCAUAUUUUUGGUUGUUUAUAAAUUCAUUAAAAAAUGUGUUCCUAAUGGACAAUGUACUCCAAAUACAGAUAUUGUAUGCUACUGUACUGUAAGUGUCUGUCUUAGAAGCAGGGAAAUGUCCAAGACAAUGCAAACAGAUUUCCUGGUACAUAAAUAAAACUAUCAUUAUUACUCUCCGUUAA